GCACCGAUAUUCUUUACAUCGGCCCCGUCAAAGGAAACAUAUAUUCGAGCCCAGGACUGUAUAGCAAAACGAUGACACCGACCUACGACGCUCACGACGGCAGUCCCCUGUCACCCACUUCAGCCUGGUUUGGUGACAGUGCCUUGUCGGAGGGGAACCCGGGCAUCCUGGCCGUGAGCCAGCCCGUCACCUCCCCAGAGUCCUUAGCAAAAAUGUACAAGCCACAGGCGCUGCUUGAUAAAGCCAAAAUCAACCAAGGAUGGCUAGAUUCGUCCCGAUCUCUUAUGGAGCAGGAGGUGAAAGAAAAUGAAGCUUUGCUGCUCCGGUUCAAGUACUACAGCUUUUUUGACCUGAAUCCAAAGUACGACGCGAUCAGGAUCAACCAGCUGUACGAGCAGUCCAAGUGGGCUAUCCUGCUGGAGGAGAUCGAGUGCACGGAGGAAGAAAUGAUGAUGUUUGCGGCACUGCAGUACCACAUCAACAAGCUGUCCAUCAUGUCCUCAGAAAACCACCUGAACAACAGCGACAAGGAGGUGGAUGAGGUGGAUGCUGCGCUGUCGGAUCUGGAAAUUACUUUGGAAGGUGGCAAAACGUCGACGAUCCUGGGUGACAUCACUUCCAUCCCGGAGCUCGCCGACUACAUUAAAGUCUUCAAGCCCAAGAAGCUGACGUUGAAAGGCUACAAGCCAUACUGGUGCACCUUCAAAGAUACCUCUAUCUCCUGCUAUAAAAGCAAAGAGGAAUCCAACGGGACUCCUGCACACCAGAUGAACCUGAGAGGAUGUGAAGUUACCCCUGACGUGAACAUCUCUGGUCAAAAGUUUAACAUCAAACUUCUGAUUCCGGUGGCGGAGGGAAUGAACGAAAUCUGGCUUCGCUGCGAUAACGAGACGCAGUACGCCAGCUGGAUGGCCGCCUGCCGCCUGGCCUCCAAGGGCAAGACGAUGGCCGACAGCUCCUACGGCAUGGAAGUACAGAACAUCCUCUCCUUCCUGAAAAUGCAGCAUUUGAACCCAGACCCGCAGCUGAUCCCAGAGCAAAUCAAUACCGACAUUAACCCCGAGUGCCUGGUUUCUCCUCGCUACCUGAAAAAAUACAAGAACAAGCAGCCAGGCUAUGUAAGAGACUUGAUCACGGCACGCAUCCUGGAAGCCCACCAGAACGUUGCUCAGAUGAGUCUCAUCGAGGCGAAGAUGCGAUUUAUUCAAGCCUGGCAGUCGCUGCCCGAGUUCGGCAUCACGCAUUUCAUUGCAAGGUUCCAGGGGGGCAAGAAGGAGGAGCUGAUCGGUAUCGCCUACAACCGGCUGAUACGGAUGGACGCCAGCACGGGCGACGCCGUCAAAACCUGGCGGUUGAAGCAGUGGAACGUGAACUGGGAGAUAAAAAUGGUGACGGUGGAGUUUGCAGAUGACGUCCGGGUGUCCUUCAUUUGCACGGAGGUGGAUUGCAAAGUGGUUCACGAGUUCAUCGGCGGCUACAUCUUCUUGUCGACACGAGCGAAAGAUCAGAAUGAGAGCUUAGACGAAGAGAUGUUCUACAAACUGACCAGUGGUUGGGUGUGA